AUGCUCAAACCAUUAACUCUCAUCUCCACAUUCACCCUCCUCUUCUUCCUCUUCUCUUCCCAUGUAACAGCCAAACAACCUCGCUUCUAUCGAACCAUCUCUCCCACAUUUCUAGGCCUCCGCAAGGAGAAGCUUACUCACCUCCAUUUCUACUUCCACGACACUGCCAGCGGCCCAAACCCCACCGCCAUUGUAGUCGCCCAGGCCCAAAUAACCAAAAAGUCCUCCACUCUCUUCGGAGCCGUGGCCGUCAUGGACGAUCCCUUGACCGUGGGGCCUGAGCCCGGCUCCAAGAUUGUGGGGAAAGCCCAGGGAAUCUGGGCGGCUGCUUCGCAUGACGAGAUUGGGUUGCUAAUGGUGGUGAACUUGGAGUUCUGUGAAGGGAAAUACAAUGGCAGCACGUUAAGCUUGUUUGGACGGAACGCGGUGCUUAAUAGCGUGAGGGAGAUGCCCAUUGUUGGUGGCAGUGGGGUUUUCCGAUUUGCGCAUGGUUAUGGUGAGGCCAAGACACACUGGUUCAAUAUAACGUCAGGGGAUGCUGUUGUUGAAUACAAUGUCUACGUCUUCCACUAUUGA